GCAAAAGUCUCCUCGGAAUGCCGUUUAUGAUACAAUUUAAGUGAUUGUUCUCUUUAGUUUAAUAAGUUAGCAAUUUUUUAGCUGAUUUUUUAGUACUUUUUUUCUUGCUUCAGCAUCUUCUACGAAUUUAAGUGAGGUCCAUUUUCCUCAGCUAUGAUUCAUUCAGUGAAAGUUUUUACCAAGAGGAAUGCCUUAGCUCUGUUCUUAUUCACCCUUGUGUUAACAUUUUGGCAGCUAAAGUUGAAGUAUCAUUUAGAUGAUUCAAGCGGCGUAAAUUCUGAAGAGAACAUGUACAUCGAGAAGAAGUAUGAUGCAUUCGGCAAGGAAAUUUCUGAAUUUUUACCCGUGAAGGUAACGGUGUACUAUGAAACAAUGUGUCCUGACUCCAGAAAUUUUUUUGUCAAUCAACUUUUACCAACAUAUGAAGAGAUUCCACAGUUGAUAACGCUUGAUUUGGUGCCGUAUGGAAAAGCCACAACCACAAAACAUGGUGACAAGUAUGAAUUCAGUUGUCAGCAUGGGGAAGGCGAGUGUUAUGGAAACAAACUGCAUGCAUGUGCAAUCAAUGCCAUCACGAACCAGCCUGUAUUAUUAAAAGUUUUAACCUGUAUGAUCUCAAAGAGCUUCAGCCCUGAUGAUAGUGUUGGCACAUGUAUCAAACCCUCAGGAUUAGAUGUGGACACUCUGAUCUCAUGUGCCAGAAGUAGUGAAGGUGAUAAGUUACUGAAUUACUAUGGUGAGCGCACAAUGAAGGAACGGCCAGACAUAUUCUCCCAAUUUAUUCCAACAGUUCUCCUAAAUGAUGACUAUGGGAGACAGCAGUUGAGGUUGAAGAAUCUUCGGCGAGAAAUUUGUGCUCAGUAUCCAAAGAAUAACUUACCAAAUGGCUGUUAAAUUGGUGCUAGCAGCUGUUUUUCCAACUGUGAUCGAAUCUUCAAUUCUGUCUCCUGUUUUGAGCAUUCCUACCGGCCAAGCUAGUGUAAUUCUUCCGAUCAACAUACAACUCUCCAGGUUUUUCCUACUUAAAAUUUUAUCUAUUGAAGGUGUUGUCACCUCUAAUAUUUUUCUGUAUUUUAAUGAUCAAAUAUUGUCCUCCCCCCCUUUCUAUUAAGUUUUGGUGACAUGUGGCCUGUUUAUCAAAAGGAUUCUGUCAUAUUUUCUAGACUUUGAUAGCAGUAAGUGAGAGUUUCUGUUUCACAGUUACUUUGUUUUGCCGGUGGGACUCAGGAUUUUACAGCUGAGCAGAUAUUGAAAGAUAUAUGCAAACUUUGAAAAAAGUUUUCCUCCGUCUGCGGAAAGGAUCAAAUAUUCAUGGCUUGAUGAUCUGGUUCUGUGCCUUAAAUUCAAUUUUUUUAUGAAGGCUCCGAUAAGAAUGUAUCAUGGGAGAGGUAUGAAGGGACAUCCUCUUAUAGGAGUGUGAAAGCUCCUCUUGUAAUUUUUUUCUAAUCGUAGUAUCAGAGCAGGAAUGCAAAAGUCAUUUUGAAGUCAUUUUGCAGAUUCACCACUGAUGCAAAAGCAAAGUGUGUCUGUGUGACAGACUCUAAAAAAGCAGCACUAAAAACUGCAACCUUGAAGCGAACAGUAAAUACAAUUGACUCAAGUUGAGGAUGAUUACUUUCGUAUGUACACUCAAGAAUAUUCCUUACCUGACUUGACUGCAGCUACUACUUACCAUUUUGAUCUGUUUUAUCCUCGACCGUCAGUUACCUCACUCGCUCACUGGUCUUAUUCUCUUCUUAUCUAAGAAUUGAGUCAUCUUUGCGGGAGUGUCAAAACCACUUCGAAGGCUAUUGAGCUAAAUGGAGUCAUAGGUGGUUUUUCACUCCCCCUGCUUCCUCCAAGUUUGUAUAUCUCCUUGAUUAACCUCUGUAACCCAUCUUCUAAAAAGGCUAUUUAUGAUGGGAUCCAAUUGCAGAUACAGUGAGACUUCGAUUUAUCGGAUUUCACAGAACCGGAAGCUGAAUCCGUUAAAUAACAGAAUCCGUUAAUUCGAAAUAGAGGAUUUUGGCAAAAAUUGAUGAAUUGAAGAAUUAAGUUUUUUUCCGGAAAAAUUCUAAAAAUCUCUAUUUUCGCGCGAAGGUCACAUACAUCGAAGCCCGAUCGAAGCGUCGAUGCUCUCAGCCGUGCAACCACUGCGCUGUUACCGUCGGAGUCCUAUAUGAUUACCACCGCGCCGUGGCUGCAUCUUAUGGGCUCUCAACGCUCACUCAGGCUUGCGAGCAGGAAGAUUGCAGGAAAAAGGACUUGUAGGACUGUUUUGCAAGCUUGCUCCAAGGUUGCCACAAUAUUUUGUUUUGUUAAAAACAUUUUUCGAUAGAGUGUUCUUGUAUGUGCUUUUUACAUGAUUCUUCAUCAGAGCUUAGUUUUUUGUCGUUCUCUCAAGACAAUUUACAAUUUAACGCUGGACAUUAAAGAGAAGAGAAGGAAGAGGACCUUCAAGGGACAAACUUACCAUUUUAAGAAUCUUUUAAGAGAUAAUAUGCAGGGGGGACAAACAAAUAUACAUAUACAUAUAUACCAAUGAUGAAAAAUACAGUGAUUAAACUACAUGUAAAUAGUUUAUUUCCCUCCAGAGCCAAACAGUAGUUGAGUGGACCGUGAAGCCAUCAGAAUAUUUUGAACCUGAAUCAAACAAAUUGAAGUUGCACGGAUUAAAACAUAAAAACUAAUGAUUAUGCUGCUUAUUAGGGUAAAUGCAGAUUGUAUUGGCAAUGUGGGGUGGGCGUAUGACUGUUUCCCAGGUGUCUAUCUGGUGGGCCAUAGGCGUUAUAUCUAUCCAUGGCAUAAAAAUGCAUGAUUUGCAGUGGAAUCAGUCCAUAGAUAAUGGCAGGAGCCCAACUUAUAGGUAUGAUGAAAAUAACCUUUCAUUGGAUGUUCGACAACCAAUUCUCGUUCAACUAGCAUUCUUAGAAGAAGAAAAAUUAGGCUCAAAUGGACAGGUUUUAGUUCAAAAUGACUUAUUUACCAUCCAAAUACAAAGAGAGGGUCCCGUCAUUACCCCUAUUGUUCUAAGGAGCAUUUUGUUAAUUCUCCAGAGCUUCCCUCAUCCAAAAACUCAACUUCUUCAUAAAAACUACCCCAGUUUAUUCUUGAAAUAUGAAAGCAAAAAGCCCCCAUCUGCAAUCUCAUAAACCAUACCAUGCAAAAUGAAGAAUCUUAGAGCAAUGGUCCUUUUAUGCUCAGUAUAUGAUAGUAGUGUGAUUUUUCCACCCUGCUAAUGAUCUACAAACAGGGAGGAUGCUGGUCAAUUUUUUUUACAACGUAUUAAUAAAAAUUGUCCUCUGAAGAGAACAUCUGAACUUGCUAGUGAGGGCAAAGCUGAUGUAAACACGUACAUCAGUUUCUUCAACAAUGGUUUGAUUGUAGGUGUCAUUUAGCGUUGGCUGUUGUUGGAAACUAUGGCGUUUGUAUGGUCUGAUAGUGAGUCUAUAAUUGCGAGCUGCUCUAAGAAGUGACGCAUCUAUUGAAAGGAGGGUAGAAACUUGUUAAGGGCGGAACAUGACUGUCUUUGACUGUCUAAAGCUCAGGAGAUGGUAAAGAAAUUCCUUAUGGUCAUUUAUUAUAAUUCAGUUAUCAAAUCAUUAAUUCAGCCUACUCCAUCCUCCUUUUAUAUGGAAGAAAGAAUCCCUCACUACAGUGGAAAAUGUCUUCACAUGAUAUAAGCCUCUCUGACAUGUUUUACGCUAAUUUUUAUCUCAGGUAAGUUUAAGUAGAGUUUUCAUGAUUUUAAGUCGAUCAAAUUUUCACUUGAGCAAGAGGAGAAGUUUGGGUCUACCUCUCUCUCCAAAAUAUUUUCUUCCUAAAUAAUGUAAUUGUUUCAAUCACACUGCUGUCUGUUUCCUUACUUUUCCCUCUCAACAGUGCAAUGGACCAGUAUGCAAGGUUCGAAUUUAAUGAUUUCAGUACAUGUUUCAUCACCGAAAUGUUGUGUAGAUACACAAUUUGCGCCACAAAAAUUACUGAAAUCAGCUCCUAACUGAGAUAUCAACGUUUGUAGUUUUCAUUGGUUACGGGAAAUUUGAAUUCCCUGCUCACAAGAAAAACAAUGGUCUACUUGAAUCAAAUUGCUCAUUGCAAUGGUUUUGGAAGGCUCCUUAAUCAAGCAAUAUUCCUACUCUGCCUUGUUGAUAAGUUAGACUUAGGUUGAUUCGAGAUAAAUAAAAAGAUAAUUAAUUAUGAUACUAAAAAUUACUACUUUUAAUCUUUGAUAAUAAAAACGUGACACCGGUCAUACGCUUACUUAUUCAACUUAUACCAAAUUACAGAGUAGGGAUUUAGAACAUUCGAACA